CAGUCACGAGGGGGAUCGUGUUUCCUGCGGCCGUAACGGGUGUCACGGCUGAUUCGUGGAAUGUGACGGGAGACAUCGCUCGCAGAGUAGUGAGACGUAGAAAAGGGGACAUCAUCCACUGCACGGGAGCAAGAGACACAAAUCAGCUGGUAUGUCAAAUAAUCAGCUGGUUGACUCCUGUCUGCUGGUGAAUCGUCGGAUCGAGCAGAGACAGGAGCACAACAUAACUCGUACUGAGAUCACGCAGAGACGCGUCCUGCAGGAGAAAGCCCCCGACAUGCCACAAUACACCGGACAGGGCGACACGGAUUACCAUGGGAGUAACGGACAGGCGGACACUCACUCGUUGCACUCGUCCCAUCUGUCCGUCCAGGAGGAUCCGCUGCUCAUCCGAACUCACAAGCAACAAACUUCUCAGCAAGUGACGACCGUGACGAAGGUCGUGCGCGAGGUGUCCCAUAUGGAGCCGGACCCGGGCGCGGUCAGUUACAUGUCGGUGCCUCUGAUGUCACAGGACUACCAACACGCGGACCCGCGCUACCCCGCGGACCCGUACAUGGUCAGUUUCGACCAUUACGAUCCGUACAUGGGUUAUCCGCCACAACCGGGCUACCCGGGACCGCAUGGCAUCUACAUGCCGCGCUCGCAUUCCCCCCACAGCCCCCACAGUCCUUCGGAACACAGUCGUGCUUCGCCGCCACACGAGUACAUGCGCAAGGGUGCACCCUACGUGGAGGGUAGCUACAACGACAUCGACCCCGGCUUAAACCCCGCUUUGCAGGACCAUUAUCGCAUUACGCCUAGUCCAGGUGGUCCCGGAGACCAAUAUGACGAGAGCAAAGUGGCCUACGGAUACGUGUCGCCGUCACCGUACGGACCCGUGGGAUAUGGGCCUGCCGUGGGAGUUGGGCCGGUGCCGAGCGACGUGCCUGGCUACGAGGAAGGCCACCCGGGUGUGCCCCUCACGUCAGGGGUGCCACCGGGCAUCUUUGAGGAUGAGGUGCACCUACAACGAUUGCAGUCGCGCCAUCCGGUAGUCCCAGGCAUGGCCAGUCCAUUGGACGACGACCAGAAGUCUAUACGCUGGCGCGACCCGAACCUGUCCGAGGUGAUCGGCUUCCUGAACAAUCCUAACAACAUCAUCAAGGCGAACGCGGCUGCCUAUCUGCAGCACCUCUGCUACAUGGAUGACCCAAACAAGCAAAAGACGCGCAGCCUCGGCGGAAUACCACCGCUCGUGCAGCUGCUAGACCACGACAACCCGGACGUCUACAGGAACGCGUGCGGCGCCCUGCGUAAUUUAUCGUACGGCCGACAGAAUGACGAGAACAAGCGCGCCAUCAAGAAUGCAGGCGGCGUGCCGGCGCUCAUCAAUCUGUUGAGAAGAACAUCCGACGCGGACGUCAAGGAGCUGGUCACGGGGGUGCUGUGGAACCUGUCCUCGUGCGAGGAUCUGAAGAAGUCGAUCAUCGACGACGGUGUGACGAUGGUGGUGAACAACAUAAUAAUACCUCACAGCGGCUGGGAUCCGAGCUCGUCGAGCGGCGAGACCUGCUGGUCCACCGUCUUCAGGAACGCGUCUGGCGUCUUGAGGAACGUGUCCAGCGCCGGGGAAUACGCGCGCAAGAACCUGCGCGAGUGUGAGGGCCUGGUGGACGCCCUCCUGUACGUGGUACGCUCAGCGAUCGAAAAGUCCAACAUUGGCAACAAGAUCGUCGAGAACUGUGUAUGCAUCCUGAGGAACCUGAGUUACCGCUGCCAGGAGGUGGAGGACCCCAAUUACGACAAACAUCCGAUCCAGUCCACAGUGCAGAAUAGGGUCGCCGCACCCGCGAAAGCAUACAGUUUAUGUCAAGGCGAGAAUCUGGGUUGUUUCGGCGGCAGCAAAAAGAAGAAGGAUGGCCAACCGGUCCAGAAGGAAACCGCCACGUCGCGCACGACGAGUCCGCGAACCGAGCCAGUCAGAGGAAUGGAAUUGCUCUGGCAACCGGAAGUGGUUCAGUCAUACCUCAGUCUUUUGCAAACUUGCUCGAACCCGGAAACCCUCGAGGCCGCGGCCGGUGCCCUGCAAAACCUCGCCGCCUGUUACUGGCAGCCAAGUAUCGAGAUUCGCGCAGCCGUUCGCAAAGAAAAGGGUCUCCCUAUAUUAGUGGAACUCUUAAGAAUGGAGGUUGACCGAGUGGUGUGUGCGGUGGCGACCGCGCUCAGGAAUUUGGCGAUAGACCAGCGCAACAAGGAGCUAAUAGGCAAAUACGCGAUGAGGGAUCUCAUCCAGAAGCUGCCGUCUGGAAAUAAUCAGCAUGAUCAGGGCACGAGCGACGACACGAUCGCCGCAGUGCUCGCCACGCUGAACGAGGUCAUCAAGAAGAACGCCGAGUUCUCGCGGUCGUUACUCGACGCCGGCGGUGUCGACAGAUUAAUGAACAUCACCAGGCAGCGCCAGAAAUAUACACCACGUGUUCUUAAAUUUGCAGGGCAAGUACUGUUCACCAUGUGGCAACAUCAAGAGCUGCGCGACGUGUACAAGAAGCACGGCUGGAAGGAGCAAGACUUCGUCACGAAAACGGUCGCCGCCAGGAAUUCAGGGCCUAAUUCACCCAACAACGCUAACAGCUACGAUUGCAGCACUCUGAAUCGACCAAUGGCGAGCCAAGGAAGCACAAGAUACGAAGAUCGAACGAUCCAGCGAGCGAACAUGAAUUCAAAUAAUGUCGGUCGACCUACUAUAUAUCAAUCACAGCCGAAACCCGGUGAGCCGCUCUACGCGCAAGUUAACUUGGAGAAGAAAAAGAAGCGGCAGUACGAGCUGGGGGUGGGCCAGGGUGGCCAGGUGGGACAGACCGGCGGCGCGAUACCUGGCAACGGCGGCGGCAGCGCUGGCGGCGGCGGUGGCGGUGUGAUUGGGCCCGGCGGCGGAGGUAGUAGUGUUGGUGGCGGCGCGGGUGGUCAGUGGAUGCCCGACGGGGUUGGAGUCGGGAUGCCGGAUGGUACUGGCGUCACGUCGGUGACGGCGGCAACGGCGGCGAAUCAGGUGCCGCCGCCGAGCUCGACCGUCGCCACCGCCGCCGCCGGUGACUCCUGGGUGUAACCGAGUCCAAAUGGAUCAGGUCCCGCAGGACCGUCCUUUAGCCGCGUCGAGCGGCAGUGGAAGCCGCCGCCGCCGCCACCACCAUCGCGCCUUCGUCCACGUGACGGUGGAGAGAGUGAUAGGCUGCCGGCCGUUAUCGCAUCUCGCUCACCCGCGAGAAAUGCACAGGCGCAGGUGGCGAGAAGCUCGAUGACUUUCCCUGGAUGUGAGUCCAGCGGCCGAGCGGAAACAUCCGGGGAUACAUCCGAGACCCCCGAGCCGGGCGCGUUGCCCGGGCGCAACGGGGACUAGCCGAGCCAGUCCACCGCGGACUUAAUGGACGACGUGAGGGUUGAAGAAUGGAAAGGUUGACGUUCGUCCGGCCGCUGUCUGCAGAUCGGCAAUAUUGGGAUCGCGGACAGACGGCAUGUGGUAGCUGAAUAUUGAUAUUGGAUGUAAGAGAAUUGGCGGAAAUGUUUACUGCAGGGUGUUAGAGUAAGGAAACCGAGGGUAUAUUAAUUACACGAAAGAGAAUAUAGCGAAUUGGGGUCGUAAUCGGUAGUCCGAGAUAGUAUGAAAGUAUCCAAGUGCGUUUUGUCCCGAGUGCGAAGGUGAUGCCGAGCGUAUUGGAGAAUUAUGUAACGAGCUUCCGAGAGGGAAGGGAACCACGACGCGGAUUGCGCUUGAUCGCUGUUGAUCAAGGUUGUACAGAGAAACAGACGUCCAUGUUGCGAUUAAGAGUCUCGGGGACAACGUUGGAAGUUGAUCGCGCCAAGUAGACAAGAUGAUGAGGGUGAUGAGAUGAACGGCAGCUGAAUCUAGAAACUAGAACGAUAACGACAGGCAGCUUUUAAGUUAGACUGACAACUGUGCACGUUUAUCUCCGAAUAUUGGAGCACGAUUCGCGAGAAUGAGGAUGUAUACAGAGUCGCGAUUGAUACGUCAUGUCAUAAGAGGACUGCGGUAAUCUUUCUCGAUCGUUUGGACUGCGGCUUUGACUUGGAGCGGAUUCAAGGACAAUCGGAGGCAAUCGACGUCACGCGGUCCGAAGAGAUUCGAAGGGAUCCGACCUCGACAGAAUAAAAAAGUGCGAAGAGGAUCGUCUUGUUUCAGUAUUGAGGACGCGGGAUCCUUUUCCCGUGAUCUCCUCCCCCCGCCCGCCACAUCGUCCACCUUAGGCACGCGCUAUUACGGGACGGACUUUAUAUAGCCGGGUACAGGGAAAGGGGUAGAGAUCAAAGGCGCCUUACAGAGGAUGAUAUAAAUCGAAAGAUCUUGAGCGCACUUCGAUUAAGUAUACUUGAACUGCGAGGAGCUACAAGCGACCUUGAGCAAGCCGCGGUGACGCAGUUAUCCCGAGUCCGAGAAACCCUUCGUAGGACUCGCGAGGGAGGGUACCGAGCUGCAGAGAAAAGCGACGAGAGAGAAAGAGAAAAAAAGAGAGAGAAAGCAAGUCGUAACCCACCGAGCGGAUCCGGCGAACGCGAGGGUGCACUCGUUAACGGAUAGAGAGAAAGAGCGACGUCGUCCAACCACAUCCGCAGCAGUAGUCGCACUAAUGGCUCUAAAUACCUUCAUUGCACAAUUCUAAAUUAAUUGAUACAGAUAUAUGUUAUAUGCAUACAUAUAUGUAUAAAUAUACGUAGAUACAUACGUGUAUGAUACGUAUAUGCAUGUACAUAUACAUACACGUACACACGAUCCACACACUGCGCAUAGAUAUAUUAAUACACGCAUACACGUACACACCAACCGUAAGUGUAUAUUUUAAGGCGGUAUCAGCGACAACAACACGCGAGCGUGUACCGAUCAUCGCGAAGCACUGCGCUAAUAAUAAGCUAGGCGUGUCUAUGUAAGUAUUAUAAAUAAGUAAAGAGGUGCGCCGGGAGAGACGGCGGGACUAAAACGGGAGGUGGAUUACACCUGCGAUUUUUUAUGCACGCAGCUCGAUAUAACUCCUUCAUUUUUUUCCUUCCAAAGGAGAGCAUGCGGGCUUGUAUCGCAAAUUAAAAUACGUAACGUGGCAGUUAAAUCCGCGAAAUCACGUCUGGUGAUUAUCUAGAAUCAUAACGCGAUCGAUUAUUCGAAUAGAUCGAUAAUCAUUCGAAUAGAAUGUCAUUACUACCGCUAUUGGUCGACAGGGAUCUGAGAUCACCAGAUCGAUGAAAGAUAGAUGAAAGGGAGUGCUUUGGUAAUCUCCGGGGGAAAAUGGCAUCCGAGAUCGAGGAGAAAUACAUGUGUACAUAUAUAUACCUCCGUUAGCGUAAUUGCGGCGAGAUGUAUGCAAGCCAACUGAUAAACUAAUCCCGUUACCAUUAUAAGGGAGAUUGCGCGUUUGCAUUUGCUUCUUUGUAAUACUUGGAUACCCACCAAUCGUCGCGCGCGCGCCCAUUAUAAAUAUACGAGGAGAGACACAAAUAAAUGAAUAUAUUAUAUAUAUAUAUAUAUAUAUUAUAUAACAUAUACACACACUGGCGACACAUUGGCGUAGAAUCUAGCGUAUAUAUGACUGUAUUAUGUAAACUUCUGAGGCUGUGGGUGUGGCACAAGGAUGCUGAUUUAUUACGAGCUGCUGCACUGUUGCAACUGUGUGACUUUUAGAGGAUAACACUUUUGACUGAGGUGAGUGUGCAUGUGCGUGUACGUGUGCGUCCGAAUGUGUGUGAAUGCGCAUGCCGAGAUAGAGGCGCGUCAUCAUCGUGUGCACGCAACUUCGCGCCUCAGCACAUGCGUCUUAUUACCGCAUCGGCGAAAAUUUGUUUUACAGUUUCACGACACGAGAAAGAAAGAAAGUAAGAGAGAGAGAGAGAGAGAAAGAAAGAGAGAAUGACAUUACGCGAUGACGUACAGUUUUCCCCCUUGCGACUCGUGGUCUUUGCGAUGACGCGUUUUUCCAGAACAAGUGAAACAGUCAUCCGGUUCACGCAAUCCGUCUGACAGAAACAGGACGCGAAUCGAUCGACCGGCGAACCACCGGCGAUAACUACGGCGCGUCUCCAUCGCCAUCAGUCGACGGACAACAUCUCGUCCUGGAACGCAAUCCGCGGUCGAUCGGUGGCGCCUGAGAGCCAUUACUAUUGCUAACGACAUAAUUACCGUAGGUAUAAUUAGCGAGACCAAUGUACGUCAACGCGUGGGAGGGUCGCAAUAGCGAAGGACGUGAGGCAGCAUGCGCGGGAACAUGUCGCGGGGAUGUAACGAGAGAGAAAGAGAGAGAGGAAGGAGAUAAUGUGUGCGUGCAAUGUGUUAACGUUAUUCGAUGGUUACGAGGUGGCAUAUUAAUUAGCCGAUAUACAUAUUAUAGUUAUAAAGUAUAUCUCUGUUCUCUAUUUCUUAAAAAUAAUAUUACCACAGUUGAUCAGAGGGAAACACACACGCAACGGAACACACGAACGGCUUCCCUCUGUAGAAAUCUCUGUGAAAAAGCGCCGGGCGACGAUCGUCUCCUGCGCGAACAAUCCACCCCGCCGCAUUGAUCCGAUAACUUCCCCGGAAACAGGUUCAAUCGGGCGAAUUGAACAAGGAUCACGAAGACACAAAUGAACAAAAUCACCGGGUUCGAAGGAAGUAACGCUGGAAAGGCCAACGUGUUUCUUUACAAAAGCACAUCUCGUAAAUAAUAAUUUUACAACUUUAUGAUGUGUAAUAUGUAAUAAUAGAAACACACAAGGACGAAGCACUCUUCACAUUCCAACUUAAAAGUCGAGAAAAUUAAUUUACAAUUUAAAUCAUAAAUCCAGAAAAAAGGGCUUUGUGUUAAAUAAUUCCCGCCUUAUUUUAAAUAUUCUCCGUAAAACACACACACGAGAGUAAUAAAUAAAAUUUCCAACAACUGCAAAGUCCACUUUAGCAAACAGAAGUCCUGAAACUCGCGCAGGAUCAACGCUGGCCCUUUUAGCGUUCGUGUAGCAAUCGAACCUCGCCCAAUCUCGCAUUUUACCCUUCUCGCCAUCUUGUACAUAACAUCAUUCACGAUUCGCGUCAUUUGUAAAAGCUGCACGCAUCAUCGCGAAGUCGAUUUCUAUUUUUGAUCGUCAUUGAUCGUUCAUUCAUUCCCGAGUUAAUUAGUCCCGCGCGGCGCGAGCGGUUGCUUCCGCUCGGGAUCGAUGAUUGUCGCCAGGGCGAUCUUGCACAAGUGCGUUAUUCUAUCACACGUACCGAUCGCUCAUUCCGCGCGACGACACUCUCGAGAUGAAUUCGAAAGCGAGAUCAAACGGAGCAACCACCAUGAACCGGAUCUCACCCGUGACACACGCACUUGCGAAAUGGAAAUGCUGGUGUGAAUUUCGUUGGAGAAACGAGAUUUGUUUCCUGAGUUAGUAAUUAGAUCUUUUACGUCGUCGCCUGUCGACGAUAAAAAGUCGAGGUGAAAAACUCUUUUCUACGCGUAUCGAUCCAAGCACCUAACGCGUCACGCGAUCUCGAAGCGGCGAUACACGUCGACAGUAUGUGAUUAUCAUAAUUCGACAACCGUCGUGAUUAUUAUUACGCAACACGAGUACUGGUUUCUUUGAAAACACGCUCCAUCCUUAGACGGCAAGGCUUUCCUUCCUCUCUUGAAUUCAGGAAAGUCGAUACUUCUCGUACGUUAAUUUUAUAGCAGAAUAGCUAACUUUCAGAAAACAAACAAUAAAAUUCUUCGAAACAUCGCUACAUUUAAUUGCAUCGUCAUCGAGAUGCGACCCGGAUUAUUUAAUUAAUGACGUAAUAUAUGUAUGUACGUAUCGUACGUAUACUUACUGGAUAUGUCUUAAUCGAAUUUCGUACAUUUCCGUUUUGAAAUGUACCGCGACAUUACUCGAAAUACAUUUCCCUCAUUUACAGCUGAAUAUCGUGGCUCAGACGUGUGUGAUUUCCAAACGAGUUGCAGACGACUUUCCGAAUACCAUCGUUCGCAAUUCACCGUGCCGUGUCGCAGCUCGUUUCCGUUUUUUCAUUUUUUUGACUAGACAAAAUUAAAUGGCUGAAUGCAAAGGCCGGAUGUAACAUUGGAAAACGGUGUCUCCAGCGAGACAACCGCUCCAUACGAUCAUUUCCAUCUCGGAUGACAGGCGGAUGUCACAUUAAGCGAAUUAAAAGAGAAAGAGAAACAAUAAAGAAAUAUCUGUGUGAGACUGUGUAUUCUAGAAAGGACUGACUGACGUUCCUCUAUGAUGUGAGGAGAUCAAUGAGAGAAAGAUAGAGAGAAUAGAGAAGGAGGACAAAGGAGGAACCUCUUCGAGCUUAUCGCUCGCUCGGACUGGCUAGCAGAUCCGUUGCGCUCGUGAUAACACAGCGUGAUCCUAGUUAGCGCCGCGUAUUGUUAUAUCGAUAUGCACCGGCGUGAUCCUUAGAAGACUUUGGACCAUUUGACAGCGACACGAGGCGAUCUCGGGGUCGUCGAUCGAUCCUCGGCACUCUCACGUUGCUCGCUAGCCGCGCGAGGCCGCCUGCCCUCCCGCACCCCCUCGCAAUAAUUAAUCGAGUGUGCGAGCGAACGCUUUAUGGAUUUCCACCCCACCGAAAUUCGAAGCCAAAAAUGCUUCCGAGUGCUCGCGCGUGCUCGCGGUCUCACGUUCGUUGCAGGGAUAAAUCGCUGGAAAAUUCUGAUGCGCCAGAUCGAGUAGAAAUUUGCGGAUGUUAACGUUAACUUCUCUCGAUACCGGCUCGAUUAGGCGGCUAUAAACUUUUAAUUGACCCGCCGAACUCGCGGAUCUCCGAGUUUCCGAGUGGAUUCUCGACGCAGGAACAGAAACAGAAAUAAUUUUCAGAUGAGGAUCGCCAUAAAUAUUGCUGAAUUAUUAUGAAAUAAUUAACACGGAGAGGGUUUGAGAUUAGUAAUAAUUUCUGAAUAAUGAUUUCUUUGAUAGUUUGAUUUCGAGAUAAGGUCGAGGCACGAUCGCAACGAUCGGCGAGAGAUUGCGCGCACCGGAAGUCUGCUAACGAAACGGAAACACACGGGGAACAAUGUACAUCGCGGCACCGAGCGAAACGCAAGUAUCGCGUGCUCGUGUCGGCCUUCUCGAGCCCUUCGAAUUUUUGUAGAAUUUUAUACCGCGUGCUCGCGUGCGCGCGUCGUGGGCGAGCGAUGAUCUCACCGUUUCUAAUGAAUUUUGAUACUGCGCCACGAGACGCGCGCCGCGAGAUUCGCAUUUUAAACGCUCCGAAGGGCGCUCGUCGUCGCCUCACCCUGUCGGCGUGAGGGAUUAAUCGAUGCCGACACAUCCGAUGGACGAACGGACGGACGACGCGAUUCGGCGCGGUAGUAAGCGUCGCCGCGCGAUAUCCGCGCGCGUAAUGAAUUAUCGACGACGUUAUAAAUGUCGCGCGGCGCAUGUAAAUCCGAAUCCGCGACAAAUCCGCGGAUACGUCGCAUGUGAUGUUUCUCCGUUGUGAAAAAUAGUAAGUAUCUUGAUGUCGAAACUUACGUCUUGUGGGUCCAGAAGGGGAGGCUUUCCGGGAUUCAAUCUUCGGAUGAAGAAAGAGAGAGAGAGAGAGCAGUGUCGAGAUUACGAGGAUCGUGAUCCACCAAUCGACCGGAGAAUCGAUCGACGACCCGGAUCGAGGGGUUUUGAUAUCCGCUUUUCAUUAUCUCUGUGCGUAUACUAAUUGUUACCGCGCGUGGCACUCCGGCGUUUGUAUAAUUUUCUAUGAAACAUAAAACGGAAGAGAAACCGAAGGAAGAGAGGAAGCGGCGACAGCUUCGGAGAACACAGACACAUGCAUAUACACACAUAUACACCGUAGAAGACUGUCCGACGAUUUUAUAAGAAUGCGGCAUAUUUGUGUAUGUCGUGUGCACGAGCUCAACGAUUAGGAAGGAAGUGAGAAGAAUCUAGAUAGCUGUGCGCAUUUUCCGGAUGAAUUCUGGCGAGUUGCGAGUUGAAAAGUGACACGGAGGGUUUAGAGUUUUAUUACGAAUGCGCGCGACGAAGGGGCUGAUAGUUUAUUGCUUAAUCCGGCAAUGGUAUCGUGAAUUUAAUAGAUGCAUAUAUUAAUAUUCACAUAAUUAUACACUUUGUUCUGUAAAAUCGCAAGAUGAUUCGAGCUUCUUCCGAUUUUAGUAAUUCAAUUUCACUGGAUUCUGGUUGAAAGUUCUGUUAUAUUCUUUUUAUUUCAUGAUAUUGUUUAUUUUAUUCUAUUAUUUAUUCUCUUUUCUUCUCUCUCCUUUUCAGUUUAUUUUAUAUUUUUAUACGGUGUCCGAAUUAAAUACUAAUAAUUACGUUACAUUCGUAUUUUAUUUAUAACGAAUUAACUUUAUCAUCUUUAGUCAUCUAUAAAAAAUGCAAAAAGGGAAGGAAACUAGUAUGGUAAUUGUUUAUUGUAAAAUAAUUACCUGCUAUAAUUCUCGACCGCUGCUGGAUUAAUUAUAACAUUUUAAUGCGAGACAAUCCCUUCGGUGCGGAAGGGCGCUUCUUGGGAAAGGAUGAAGACGACGUAUUUCGGCAGCCUCGCGUCAUUAUAUUAUACAUAAUAAAUAUGCAUUUAUUCGCAAAGACCUAACAAUCGGACGUUUUUAAUGUAAUAUAACCGACAGCCGGCCGUAGUUGCUAAAUGAUUAUACCCGACGCUAAGAAGAGAGAAAGUGAGAGAAAGAGAGAAGAAAAAAGAAUGUAUGAGAGAGAGAGAGAGAGUUGAUAUUAUAUAUUAAAUAUAGUAUAUUGAGAUCUUUAAGGAGACAACAUGUUAUCAAGAGCGUAUUACAUAUUUUAAUAUAUAAUAUUGAGUUGUUGAGUGCCGCACACUCACACAUACACACACAUAUACAUGCACACACUUCUUAUAUACACAAGCUGCCAGAUAUAGUCGCCUAACUUGCAGUACGUUGCGCGAUCUAAUCGUGGGGCGUAAUAAAAUAUAUAAUCGUAUUAUUACGUUAUUCACAAAUGGAUUAAUUGAAGGGAUCUCCGUGAACCCUUUGAGGAAGCCCAAGGAACUUGCAGAGGCAAACUAGGUCGUGAAAGUUCACGAAAGGGCGGCCAACGGUUGUUAAUAAACGACGACGGGCUGCUUAUAUUUAUGUUACAAUCGGAAGAGUAUCGAUUCGUCGUCACACCUGCUUCCGGUCGUAUUGACCGAGUAUCGGCCGCUCCAGCAUAAAAAUGGCGGGAGAAAGUGCGAUUUAAUGAUGAACUUCCGAGGAUCAGCCGCGGGGGAGAUGCUGAAGAAUUUACGCGACCACCGAGUGACAGUAUCGACUCGCGUCUACUUUUUCCGGUUGCAUCGCUCGAAUUUCAUUCAGCAAGAAUCUAUAAGCAUAAGUGGAAAACAGGAAAAGUGCUCGUUUGCCUCGUCAUUUUCGUUUCCCAAAAGCGAUCCGAUUGUUGGGCCUCGACCGGGACACACCGCAGAAGAGGUGUUCCUCGGCCAUUCCACUCGCCCUUGUAGACUUUUCGGGCCACACGCUUGCGAAAAGCGCAAGCCUCUUUUUAUAUAAACUUCUACGAUGUACAAAAGCAAUCGACGGUUCUUAACCGAUUAUUCGAUUAUCAAUCAACAGUUUUCGACGCUGUGCAUCAACUCCCGUUCGUCUCUCAUUGAGCACUAUACGCUGAACAUUAAGUUAUCAGUUUUUAGUUAAUCGAAAUUUGACCAAUCAAAAACAACAGUUAUUGUUUAGAUUGACCAACCUCCAAUCUGCAAAUCGAAAUUUCCGAAAUGCGAGAUAAGGGCAUUUUUCAGACAGCAUUUAAAGCACCAGCGGAGACCUUUUAUUGUCAUUACCUUGUUGGGAAUAAUUGUUGUUGCAAGGAUGAAUGCUUUACUCAAGCGUGCACGAAAUCGCUCGAACGUUGAUAACGUCGUAGUAAACAUCGCGACUCGAUAUAUCGAGAAUCUAUAAUUCUCAUGGGGUCUUGAAUGAAAUAGUCCGCUUCUUACCAUACUUUACACGCGUCCCUCUCGGCGUGGUUAAAUUUCAACGUCAAUUUCCACCCGGGGAGCGGAAUCGACACGCGCCAUACUUCGCCUCGUCCCUCCAGAUUCCUCCUUCAAGCUUGGUUGAUAUCAAUUUCUGCAUUCAUUAUGAUCGCCAAAGGGUUUGAAUUACGAUCGUGAAGUGCUACCGAAUUAGCCAUCAUCGAACGACUCGUUUCUCGUCGCGAUUUAUUUGUUGUCAAUAAAGUCCAAGCAGUACCACGAUCAUGAUCUACGCUCGUUUCCGUAAGCUCGUUCAUCGAUCAGACAACAUCGACACGCCAAUUUAGAACGUCGGUAUUUAUUCUCGUCCGUAUCUACAUAUAUCUCCCGCGAUCGUUUCGCGCGGCCAUAUGUGGAUGUAUCGACGCGCCCGAUUUUCGCGCGCUAUUUCAGCGAGCUGUAAUCGCGCGGGGAAGGAAGGACAGGGAGAUCGAAGCUGUAACUGAGUGAGUCCCGGCGCGGUCUCGAGAUCUCCGGCAUCUCGAAAUAACGACCUAAUUAAUUAAGAAGCCCCAGACGCGAAAAUACGAUCGCCUCGCUCGUUUAGAAAAUCUAACUUGAUAGCGCGAUCAGAAUGUUUGUAAAAACGUUUCGUUUCCAAAAACAGGAACGUGAUUCCCACACGCAAGGAUCGCGCAGGAGGUAAGCAAGAGCGGGCGAUUACGUGUCGCUGCUUCCGGUGUAGAUAUCACGCUAAUCAUCAAUCACGAGAUCGAGAAAGACCGUGCGGGACUCGCAAGAGACUUCAAACUUCACCUGCCUCCCUUCUAAGGAAUCGUCGUGUCGGCCUAAAAGAAAGACGUUCGUUGAAUCCGCCGGCAAAAGAAAAAGAAGAGAAAAACGAAUUUCUGACAGUCGCGCGCGCCGAUUUUUCGCCGAUUUUUCAUCGUUUCGUUCCUCGUUCGACUCACUUCAUGCAUUCACCGCUCGCGAUCGCUGUCAAUCGCAAGGCGCUUUGAAAGACUGAUAACGUUAGAAUCAAGGAAAAGAGAGAAAGAGAGAGAGUGAUCAUCGUCGUUUCUCCCUGAAGCCUCGGGAUUAGAACUCGCAGGGACCGCGAUCGUCGUGAUUUCUCGAACCGUUCGACUUCCGAUGUUGAAAGAAAAAGCUGGAAAAACUCGCGUUACCUCCACUAUCGCAGAGAUCUGAACGGAGAGCGCGAAGAUCACGGCGAUCGUUUCGAUCCCGAAGACUUUGGAAGAAGCAUAAGCAGGACGAAGGACCACAGAACACGUCUCGUCUCGUACAACUCUCGUGAGAACUCUUACACGACACGUAAGAAAAUGAAAAGAAAGACGGAGAAAGAGAGGAAAGAAAGGCUGCCGGCCCCGAACAUUUUGAUGCAUCGCCGAUGCACUUCCGCGCCGCCGUUCGAUAAUGAUUACAUUUCCCUACUUGGAAACGUCGAAUUAUCUUGGGCAAGAUGUUCGCUUUAAUGCAGGAGGAAGGAAAGAGAAAGAAAUAAAGAGAAAAUGAGAAAGAGAGGAAUCGCGACUUCCGAUCGAGUGGAUCGACGACCUGAUCCUUAGAAGCUCGAGCAGGCAGCGAAACGGAAGGCAGUUGAAGAGAGAGAGAGAGAGAGAGAAAAGAGAAAGAGACAGAAAGGGAGAAAGCGAGAAAGGGCGCAGAUGAGCGAAGGCAAGAGAGAGAAUCGUACUCACUCAUACCAUUACACACAUGUAACACGCGCAUUAACGAAUAGAAAAAAAAUGAUAGUCUCUACUGUGCUGCAUACACAUAUUUAAAUUAACGGAGCAUUAAAUAAGCAUGGGUGUGCAUCUUAGAUGUAUUAGAGGACCUUCACCAUCACCAAACGCGUUUAAUAUUAAUUGCGGGGAGGGGGGAAGGAGGAAGGACGUUGCAGGCCGACGAGUACAGGCCGGGAGGUGAAGGGAGAGGACCGGCCGCGCAGAAUUACUUUUAAUUCGCGAAUUCGAAGGACGCGAUUCACACGACACGCUGCGAUCAGGAUCAUACUCAUCUUCCAUAGUCGUAGAUUUUAUGUUUAUGUAUAUGCAGAUUUAUACUUGUGAAGGAACGUCCAAGAAAUCUCGCGACUUCUUCCUGUUGAACGCGGAUUAUGUAAUUUUAUUAUAAAAAUAAAGAAAAGAAAGAGAACGAGAAAAUGCGGAAAAUUGUAUAAAAAAAUUAAUUCUACAUAGAUCCUUUAUGGCAAGAGCGGAUUGAAAAUGCUUGGAGCAAUUCAGAAUACCAGAUCUGCGAAUGUUCAUCACAUGAUAAUCUACUGAGCUUUACAAAUUAAUAAAUAUGAAUAAGUGAAAUCAUGAAUUCGAUGAAUGCAAAUUUGGAAAUCCACAAACCUAGAAAACUCUUUGAUUCCAAUCACACACAAAACAGAAAUUCUGGAAUUUAUAAGUUCAGAAAUUUGAUGAUCAAUUGAAAAAUCCAGAAUUCUAUAAAUUAACACAACGAAGAGAGUACGCGGAUUUUUUGGACGUUCAGUGUUCGUCGGCGAUGAUUUCGUGCGAUUUAGUUGACAUAAGUGUACAGUCGUGCGUUUUACCGUAUUCCCUGUGUAUAGUAGCGUGUUAUAUCGUAGGAACGUUAAGGACACCGUAUCCAGCGUGGUCUGAUUGCCGACGUGUUUCAAUUAAGAUGCCACGAUCAGAACUGUCAUCGAUCGAUUAUCCUGUCGAAUCCAUCAUUACCAUUACCAUUAUUAUUAUUAUCAUUAUCAUCAGUUCUCGGUGGCAGCAAAUUAAUUAAUGCGAUUUUACUCUCGCGGAAAGUCCCUGUCGCGCAGAAUUGCGAAAGAAAAGAAAGGCGAUCCUCUCCCUCGUGUCAGCCCCCCGGGAGAACUCGCCGGGGGUUGAAAAUAAUCUUUUUCUCGUAUAAUUUGUAUGUGUUUCACACGCAAUCCGCGCGUGCACGCGUGCAAUUUUCACUGCAGUACUCGAGCGGAUUGUAGGUAUGUAUAAUUUUUAGGGCGAUCAUCAAGAGAAAAACAGAGAGAGAAAGAGAGAGAGAGAGCAGCGUAUCGUCAUGGUUUGAUCGUUGUAUUAUGUAUUAUGUUAUUUAUACCUUUCGAAAGAAGUACCACGUAUAUAUACAAUAAUAAUUAUAAUAAAGAUCGACUAUAGUGUAUUUCGAAUUCGACUGACAACAAUUAAAGAAUUAAAUUGCGCUGAUAC